UUUAAAGCAAUAGGAGCUCCUCUGACGUGGAAGUGACAUUUUUUCUCAAUUUCUUCUCGGUUUUUAAAAGGAAUUCAAGCCUUUAAUUGUAGAUUAAUAAUUUAAAAAAUACUAAUUACGCGAGUUUUAGCCCUGCACUUUGGAUUAACUACGAUUAUAAAAUAUUAUUUGCAUUAUCUAUUAGCUAAGUGGUUUCGAAUUUUCACACAUUACCAACGAAGUGCUGUUCAUAUUGUGAGAAAGUUCUGCAACAAAGCCUCUACACCUUCCGCGCACUUCUUGUUUUAUAUAUUUGGCAAACAAAGGAAAACGCAACUGACAGAAAAACUUGUAUAAGUGGAAAAACAUGAAUCCAAACGUUUAUGGGGCACCACCACAUCAACAACAACAACAAUAUCCGCCAGGUUGGCCACCGGCACCACAACAGCCAACACAACCAGGUGGAGCACCACCUCAAGUAGGCGCACAGAUUGGUGGUUAUCCAACUAGCAAUAUGCCGCCAACUUCGGCAGCACCCACACAGGGUGGUGCUCCUGGAGCACAGCCACCACAGCAAAAUUAUGGGCAAGGACAUCAACCGGGACUGCUCAAUGGCAACUAUCAACAACAGUUAACCUCUGCAAUGGGUGGUCUUUCCAUGAAUGCGUUAAAGCAACCUGCAUCUGGUCCUCCACCCAAUACUCAAUACUCAAAUGCUAAUACACCUGGUGCGCCCAUUUCCGCACCACCCACUAGUAUUUGCGGUUCGGACGCGCUGCCGUUGUCAAAUGGACCCCCAACUGGUGCACAAUUGCAACAACAGCAGCCAACAUCAAUUAAUAAUAAUCAUUUGCUUUCGGGACCCUAUGCAAAUGGGCAAACAGCCAAACCAUCGCAACCCCAAGGUCCAACUUCCAUGUAUCCACCAGCUCCACAUACAGCGACUCCACCUAUGCAAUCCAUACCUGGUGGACCCAACCAGAUGACUGUUAACAGCGCAAGCCUUCCCGGAUUGCCACAUAUGCCACCAAAACCGGCAGCUGGCCCGUCAUUACCCGGACAACCACCAAAUUCUGCUGCGCAACCGUCAUCAGUAGCUGGUGGUAUGCCCCAAUAUCAACAACCAGGUGCGCCCCAAAUGCCGCCUAGACCAGGACAGAUUCCAACACAAGCCAUGACACAGCCACUUGGAGCACAGCAACCGAUGACAGCGCUGCCACCUCAACCGGGCAUGCCACCAAUGCCUGGUUAUCCUCCACAGCCACAACCUCCGGGCUAUCCACCACUGCCGCAGCAGCAACAACAACACGCGGGUUAUCCCGCACAACCACAACAACCUGGCUAUCCACCACAACCCGGACAGCCUGGUUAUCCACCACAACCGCAACAGCCGGGCUAUCCUCCCCAGCAAUCUUUGCAAGGUGGCUACGCUGGCCAAAUGAUGCCACCAACACAACCCGGGCAACCGCCAAUGCCCGGUCGUCCUGGCUUUAAUCAACCACCAGCACCGGGUGGCAUGUACCAACAGCCGCAACAGUAUGCCCAAGCUCAACGCCGUCUCGAUCCCGAUCAGAUGCCAAAUCCCAUUAGCGUCAUUAUCGAAAAUCAACGUAAUGCUGGUGGCCCUUUUGUGACGAAUCAGCCAGGUCUAUUGCCGCCAUUGGUAACCACAAAGUAUGUGGUGCAAGAUCAGGGAAAUUCAUCGCCACGCUAUGUUAGAUCAUCUUUAUACUGCAUCCCUGCAACUGCUGAUUUAUUGAAAACCACAGCUUUGCCAUUUACACUGCUCGUUUCACCAAUGGCACGUCCGGUAGAGGGCGAAUUCGAGCCACCGGUUGUAAACUUCGGCGAAUUAGGACCUAUUAGAUGCAACCGUUGCAAGGCCUACAUGUCGCCAAAUAUGCAGUUUGUAGAUGCUGGCCGGCGUUUCCAAUGUCUUAUGUGCAAAGUAACCACAGAAGUGCCAACUGAAUAUUUCCAACAUUUGGACCACACCGGCCAACGUGUCGAUAAGUAUGAGCGCGCCGAAUUAGUACUGGGUACAUAUGAAUUUACGGCAACAAAGGACUAUUGCCGCAAUAAUACACCCCCGGAAAUCCCCGCAUUUAUAUUCGUAAUUGAUGUAUCUUACAACACCAUCAAAUCGGGCUUAGUGCACCUACUUUGCUCACAAAUCAAGCAAAUCUUAAAGCAUCUACCUAUUGAUCAAGGUCAGGAUAAAUCUAAAAUGCGAGUAGGUUUUAUUACCUACAACAGCACAGUGCAUUUUUAUAAUAUUAAAAGUAGUUUGGCACAGCCUCAAAUGAUGGUCGUGGGCGAUGUGCAGGACAUGUUUAUGCCCCUACUCGACGGCUUCCUUUGUCAUCCCGAGGAAUCCGAAGCGUUAAUCGAUGCAUUAAUGGAGCAAAUACCGAAAAUGUUUGUUGACACAAAGGAGGCAGAAACUGUUUUCUAUCCAGCUAUACAAGCUGGUCUAGAAGCAUUGAAAGCUUCUAAUAGCGCAGGCAAAUUGUUGGUUUUCAACUCCACACUUCCGAUUGCUGAAGGACGUGGCAAGUUAAAGAAUCGUGAUGAUCGCAAAUUACUUGGUACUGAAAAAGAGAAAACUGUGCUUACACCACAGAGUGUUGCAUAUAAUACGUUGGGUCAGGAGUGUGUGCAGAAUGGAGUUUCCGUCGAUUUGUUCUUAUUCAAUAAUUCAUACAUUGAUAUUGCCACGCUGGGCCAAGUGUCGCGUCUAAGUGGCGGCGAGGUCUACAAAUACACAUACUUCCAAGCCGAUCUGGAUGGCAACCGUUUAGUUGAGGACAUCAUUAAGAAUGUAUCACGCCCCAUUGCUUUUGAUGCAGUGAUGCGUGUGCGUACUUCGGCAGGCAUACGCCCGACUGACUUCUAUGGUCACUUCUUCAUGACAAAUACAACUGACGUAGAAUUGGCUAGCAUAGACUGCAGCAAAGCGGUUGCUAUUGAAAUCAAACAUGACGACAAAUUGCCCCCUGAGGAGAAUAUCUACAUACAAAUCGCACUACUCUACACGUCUGUCAGUGGUCAGCGUCGUUUGCGCAUUUUAAAUUUGGCACUCCGUGCUACCAACACAAUUGCGGAGGUCUUUAAAUGUUGCGAUUUGGAUGCCAUGAUGUUGUUCUUUGCUAAACAAGCUUGCUCCAAACUGCUUGAGCUCACACCGAAACAGGUCAAGGAUAAUCUUGUAAAUCGCUCGGCCCAGAUAUUAGCAUGCUAUCGCAAACAUUGCACCUCGCCAACAUCAGCUGGGCAACUUAUACUGCCGGAGUGCCUGAAACUGUUGCCGUUAUAUGUGUCAUGUCUGCUGAAAAACGACGCCAUCUCCGGUGGCUCAGAUAUGAUGCUCGAUGAUCGCUCUUAUGUCAUGCAAUUUGUGAUGGCCAUGGAUUUGAAUAUGUCUGUCAGUUAUUUAUAUCCACGUUUCAUUCCAAUUCAUAACGUAGAUGUGGAUGAAAACGAAUUGCCGAUGUCGAUACGUUGCACGCACGAAAAGAUGAGCGAAGAUGGUGCCUACAUACUCGAGAAUGGUGUGCAUCUCUUUGUGUGGCUGGGCCAAUCGUUACCACAAAGUUUCAUACAACCCAUCUUCGGCGUGCAGUGCACACAGCAAGUGAACGGGGAACGUUUUGCGAUUAUUGGCGAAACACCUUUGGCACAGCGUGUGCGCAACAUAAUUGAUACGAUUAUGAAAGAACGCACUAGAAAUAUGAGGGUGACAUGCGUACGACAGAACGAUAAACUGGAAUCAGUAUUCCGUCAUUUCCUCAUCGAAGAUCGCGGUACAGAUGGCUCGCCAAGUUAUGUAGACUUCUUAUGUCACAUGCAUAAGGAGAUUAAAGAUUUAUUAAGUUAGCUUGUGGGUUGUGAAACAGACAGCAGCUGCAACUGGUCGCAAAGUGGGGAUGGAAAACGAAAAACAACACUAUGCCGUAGCUAUUCCCAGAAUCGGGCACGUUUACAUAGGCUCUCGCGUAAAAGAUGGUAGAUUAUGCAUAAUUACAUAUACAAAAAAAUGCUUGAACGCAUACGCAUACAAUAGACGUUUCCAUAAAUUUAUGGCAAUUAACAUACAUACAUGCACACAAACGAUUAAACUAACUGCAAUGUAAUGUAAUUGUGUCAAUUCACUUAAAUAAGAUUUUGAUUUGGAAUUUGCAUUAUUCCAUCUUUGCACUAUUCAUUCCCUUGCUUGUGCUUUGUUCAUUCAUGUUUAGUUUAGGUAUAUGUUGUGCACAUUUCUAUUAUUAUUAUUUUAAAUUGUAAUGAAAGAGAAGGAUAAAUGUCAUAUUUGCAAAAUAUACACGAAAAUAUUCAAUAAAGUAGUUAAUUAUAUUGUGAAAAAUGGUAAAAAUAUAUGCCAAUGUAUUGAAAUUAAUCACAUUCUUUUCCCCUUUUUGAGGUAUUCACGUAAUGAUGCUGUAUGCGGAUGAGUGUAAAGUUUUGAGAAGUGAUGAAAUUGUGCAAGAACAAAAAGAAAACAACAAACAGUGCUGUUGCAGCAUUGAAAUUAUGUGAAUACCACUAAAGAUAGAUCCUCCUGGAAAAUUACUAAACGAUGAAAAUUAAAAUUAUUUAUUCCUGUCUCGGGCGCUCAUAUCCAAAACGUCACUAUUGACUAAAACAAACAAAAACCUAUGAAAUCCAACUAUAAAUAAAUUUAUUUCUAUAAUCUAUAAUCUUGCUCGUACCCAAUUUAUGUAAAUGCAAAGAAGUUCACAUAAAUUGUCAUGCAUACGCAGUUUUUUUGUAUUCAAUAUAAAAACUAUGCAUGAAUUUGUUUGAGGUUUGAUAAUCUAAGUUUGUUUCAUGUCACUCAGAAACCGUUUAUAUGUAAACUGCUUGCGGUCAAAGGUCAUGGUUUGUACAAUGAUUUGUUUAAAUUUGUAAUUAAAAAGUUGUCUACGUUGUUGGAGGUGGAAAAGUGUAGCGGUGUUAUGAUUAUGGCGUGAACUACACAUACAUACAAACAUUUAAUUAUAACAUAUAAUUAAAAAAUAUAAUAUACAUACAUACAAUUUA